GAAGUCGGACCUUACAAAAAGUGCUAAAACCCUAAAACUUUAAGGUCUUCCUCCCAAGUCUGCAACCGUUACGACCUCCAGACGCUGUACAACAAUGGCGACCGCUUCAUUGGACGAAGAAACAGCAAAGAAAGUCCUUCGCCAGGUGGAGUUUUACUUCAGCGACAGCAAUCUUCCCAGAGAUAAUUUCCUGAAGAAAUUGAUUAGCGAGAGCGAAGAUGGAAUGGUUAAUCUGGCGUUGAUUUGCUCGUUCUCUCGGAUGAAGUCACAUCUCGGUCUGGGUGAUGCGAAGCCGGAUAAUGUCUCCGAAGAUGCUGUCAAGGCUGUCGCCGAAGUCCUGAGGAAAUCUGCUUCUCUUAAAAUUUCUGAAGAUGGGAAGAAGGUUGGAAGGACCACUGAACUUCUGAAACCAGAAGAGGUUAUAGAGCAAGUAGAUAUAAGAACGAUUGCUGCGGGACCUCUUGAGUAUGAUGUGAAGCUUGAAGAUGUGGAAUCCUUCUUUGGUCAAAGCGGAAAGGUGAAUAGUGUUAGAUUGCCUCGUCAUGUUGCAGACAAGAGGUUCUUUUGCGGUACGGCUUUGAUUGAGUUCUCUACGGAGGAAGAUGCUGAGAAUGUUUUAAAAAAAAAAUUGGUUUAUGCAGGAGCUGAGUUGGAACUAAAGCCAAAGAAGGAGUUUGAUGCUGAAAGAGCAAAAAUGCUGGAAGAAUUUGAGAGUUCUCGUUCCUCCACUGGUCCAAACAGUAGAAACACUUCAAGUUUGAAUUCAGACUAUCCAAAAGGUCUAAUUGUAGCAUUUAAAUUGAAGAGUAUGUCAACUGGAGAAUCUGUAGGAAAAAAUGGUAUUCAAGAGACAAAAGAUAACAAUGGAGAUGCUUUCAAGUUGGGUAACAAAUCAGAUUCAGCAGUAAAUGCUCCUGAAGAGAGUGAAAAGGUAGUCUCAGAAAGUGUUGAAGAUAUUAAAAAAGAAUCUAUCAAUAAUACUGAGGAGGUUAGAAGAGAAAAAGUUGAUGAGGAAACCAUGGAAGAGUGUGAAGUAAAGGAGACUGAAGAAGCUGUACAUGAGAGUGAGGAAGGAUCUCCUGAAGAUUCUUGUCAAGAGCGCCAAGAUAAGGCAACAGUUGGAGAUAAAAAUAAAGCUGCUUUGUACAAGGAUAAUAUGGAUGUUGUAUUGCGUGAAGAUUUAAAGGAUGUAUUUCAAAGAUUUGGCACCGUUAAGUUUGUUGAUUACAGAAUUGGAGAAGAUUCGGGGUACAUUCGUUUUGAAGAGCCAGAAGAAGCUCAAAAAGCUCGUGCUGCUGCUGUGCUCAUUGAGGAAGGCGGUCUGAUUGUGAAGAACUACAUUGCUAUGUUAGAACCUGUAACUGGUGAGGCUGAAAAGGAAUACUGGAGCCUACUCCGUGGUAACAAGGAUAGGUUUCGGGGAAAUAGAGGGAAUCGAGGAAGGGGAGGUAGAUUCAACAAAGGUGGGAGGCAUUUUGGAGGUAAACAUUCCCGCUCCAAAGAAAAUGAUUCAACUGUUAGCCGACCUAAUAAAGCUCAGAAAGUAGCUGCUGCUUGAGUAGUUCUUGUCAAAAGAUGCAUCGAUUUUUCAUGAGAAUGCAUGGCGGCCUUGUACAAGCUUAAAUAUUAUGGCCUUAAUUACUUUGUAUCAGCGUAAGUUCUAUUCUGAU